AAAAAACAACAACAUUCACUAAUCAAAAUGGUCUAUAAAAUCUAUGGUAUUCCACAAUCUACUUGUUCAACGUGUCUUGACAACUUUGAAGGAAAAGGGUUUGGAACAUGAAUUGAUUGUAGUUGACUUGAGCAAGGGUGAACAUAAAUCACCAUCCUUCUUGGAAAAGCAACCAUUUGGUGUCAUUCCAGUUCUUGAUGAUGAUGGUUUCUUGAUCUAUGAAUCUCGUGCCAUCUGUCGUUAUUUGGAAGCUAAACACAAGGGUCAAGGAACUGAAUUGAUUCCAUCCGAUCUUAAGGCUUUGGGUUUAUUCGAACAAGGUGCAUCAAUUGAAACAGCAUAUUUUGAUCCAAAUGCUGCUGGUUUGGCUUUCGAAAAGUUGUUCAAGGGUCUCUUUGGUUGGGGUACUACUGAUGAUGCUCGUGUUAAGCAAUUGACUGACAAAUUGAAUCAACAUUUGGAUGCUUAUGAAAAGAUCUUGUCCAAGCAAGAAUUCAUUGGUGGUAAUCAAUUCACUUUGGCUGAUUUGUAUCACUUGCCUUAUGGUAGUUUGUUGUUUGCUCCACCAGUUGGUCUCGGAAACUUGAUCACUGAUCGUCCACAUGUUAAGGCUUGGUGGGAAAAGAUUUCCUCAAGACCAUCAUGGAAGGCUGUUUCUGGUCAAAAUUAAUUUGACUUUGUAUUACUAUUAAAUCAUUAAUUU